AGUUGUUACACGAACAGUUGCUGCUUUUGUAGCAUGUUGUUGUUUGUUUUUAGUGCACAUUCCUGCGAGCUGCUCUAUCUGUGUGUGUGUGUGUGUGUGUGUGUGUGCGCGCGUGCGUAAAGACCGACGGGCUCGUGCGCUUCAUUUCGAUUCACCGGGGACCCCCGCGCGCAACAAGAGCCCCCCGUGGGUGCAAUAGUGCAAGCACAGACGGCGGUGAUUGGCCAGAGGUUGAUCAGAUGGUGCACUUCCCCUCUGUGUUCAGUGGAACCUCGCAACCUCCCCCCCACCCCCCUUUCAGCAAAAACCAAAUCUCGGAUAAAGUAAUGGCAAAACCACUUGGACUAUAAAAGACAACAAAUCAUAUUCCUCCGGACUAUAUACACCCCGUUGUCCCCCCCAAUGAGUUCCUAUUUUGUAAACUCAACUUUUCCCGUGUCUCUACCGGGAGGACAGGACUCUCUCCUGGGUCAGAUACCGUUAUAUACCUCUGGAUACACCGAUCCGUUAAGACACUACUCCACCGCGGCCACAUAUGGAGCGGCCAACAUGCAGGACAAGGUCUACCCGGCGUCCUACUACCAGCAGACGGGUGCGGCGGCCGCGGCAAUCUACGGGAGGGCCGGCGGCGGCGGCGGCGGCGCGGCAGCAGCAGCAGCACAUUGCGACUACAACACGGUCGGUGCUUUCUACAAGGACGCGGAUGGCUCUUGCGCCUUCUCCAGCCGCGACGACCCGCCACUCUUCGUCACCCAGGAGCAGCGCAAAGCGGAGUGCGCGGAGCAUCCGGGCGGCGCCAUCGAGGACAAGUCCUCCGCGCUCAUCUACCCGUGGAUGCAGCGGAUGAACGCCUGCUCCGCCGACACACCACUACAGAUUUCGAGUGCACUCUCAGGUCCAUUUGGCAACAGUGGCCGCAGGGGCCGACAGACCUACACCCGCUACCAGACCCUGGAGCUGGAGAAGGAGUUCCACUUCAACCGCUACCUGACCAGGAGGCGCCGGAUAGAGAUCUCGCACGCCCUGUGUCUCACGGAGAGACAGAUCAAGAUCUGGUUCCAGAACCGCAGGAUGAAGUGGAAAAAGGAGAACAAGCUCCUCAAUCCUUCAAAGACACCCGAGGAAGAGGAGGAGGAACAACAGGCGGAGAAAAAAGAGAUAAAGGGACACUGAGGGGAAGGCGUGUGUGUGUUCGUGUGCACGCGCGCGCGUUCGUGUGCACACUGCCAUAAUAAAAACCAUGUAUACUUUUUGUGUAGAUAAAGUGCUGCCGAUGCCAUGUUAGGGACGUGUAGGGUAGGCUUCAUUUCCGUAUCUGCACGGUGGUGUCUGCAUUAGGCUGAAACCAGGUCCUCUUGUCUGUCCUUGUGCUCGUGUCUUGAGUUUGAGGGACCGCGUGCAAAAUCCGCCAAAAUGUAAAUAUGUUUAGUGUCACGUUGUUUUGUUUUUUUUGACAAUGUCGUCAUACCUCAUUAUCGUAGAGGCCUACUGAGUUUGUUCUUAUUUUGUCCUUCUGCGGUGUUCGUUGUUCUGUAAUAGUCUUAGGCUUGAUGUUUUUGCAGCUGUGCCAUCUGACAUCUGUACAGACAAGAAAUGUGACAUGUUAUUUAUUGUUGUUCACCUCCGGUUCAAUGCACAUUUGGAUAUUGUGUGAAAUAUUUUGUUUAGGAAAUUGUACAUAGAAAUAAAGGCUUUUUGAUGUA